UCUUCCGUAGCUCUAACAAUGAUCAAACGUACUGUCCAUGGGGCUUGUCAUUCCCUCGGAACAAUUGUUGCUGAAAUUUCCCCAUUAUCCUUUUCCCAACCGACAUUUUGUUCUAACUACACCCGCCUUCUCCGUUCUUGCAAAGAUUUGAAGUCUCUCCUUCAGAUUCAUGCAUGCUUACUAGUCUUAGGAAUCAAACCUGAUGAUUCCACAAAUAUUCAACUUGUGAAUUUAUACUCGUUAUUUCAUAAACCAGACUUUGCUCGCUCUGUCUUCGAUUCUGCAUCAAAACAUAAUAACGUUCUAUGGAACUCCAUGAUCAGAGUCUAUAUUAAAAGAAAUCAAAACAGAGAAGCUCUCAAACUGUACCACAAGAUGUCAAAGAGCGGGGUGGAACCCGAUAAAUAUACAUUCACUUUUGUAUUAAAAGCUUGUACUAGAGCAUCAGACUUGGAAGAAGGUAUUCGGAUUCACCGUGAGAUCUCCAGGAAGGGGCUAAACGCUGACGUAUAUGUCGGGACCGGUCUUGUUGAUUUCUAUUCCAAAAUGGGUAAAAUAAGAAUUGCGCAGAAGUUGUUUGAAGAAAUGCCUGAAUUGGAUGUUGUUGCUUGGAAUGCAAUGAUUGCAGGUUUCUCUCAGAGCUUUAAUCCUCAAGAAGCCUUGAACUUUUUCCGGGACAUGCAGUUAGUAGGAUUAGAGCCCAACUCAGUGAGCUUGUUAAACUUAUUCCCUGCGAUUUCUCAAUUAUCAGCUAUUCUAUCGUGUAGGUCUAUUCAUGCUUUUGGGGUUAGGAGAACUUUCCCUACUGCUGUUUCAAAUGGGUUGAUUGAUAUGUACUCGAAGUGUGGUGCUACAAUUGUUGCUCGACGGGUUUUUGACCAUUUGCUGGACCAUGACGAUGUUUCAUGGGGAACGAUGAUGGCUGGAUAUGUUCAUAAUGGCUAUUUUCUAGAGGCCUUGGAAUUAUUUGAUUACUUGAAAGAAGAAAAUCUGAAACUGAAUCAUGUAUCGGCGAUAAGUGCACUUUUGGCUGCAACUGAGAUGAGAGAUUUAGAGAAAGGAAGGGAGAUCCAUGAUUAUGCAACUAGAGAAAAGAUUGAUUCAGAUGUUUUGGUUGCUACUCCCCUUAUUACUAUGUAUGCAAAGUGUGGAGAAUUAGAAAAGGCAAAAGAGUUAUUUGAAGGCAUUACAGGAAGGGAUGUAGUUGCUUGGUCAGCAAUGGUAGCUUCUUUAGUACAAAAUGGGUAUCCCCAUGAAGCCUUGUCCUUGUUUCGAGAAAUGCAGAAAGGAAAUUGUAGACCAAAUAGGGUUACUAUAGUGAGUAUCCUUCCAGCCUGUGCAGAUCUAUCAGAUGUAAAGUUAGGGAAAAGUAUACACUGCUACAUUUUAAAAGAUAAUGUUGAUUUGGAUGUUUCAACAGGAACAGCCCUAGUGGCCAUGUAUACCAAGUGUGAAUUUUUUACUCUGGCUCAUGUUGUUUUUGAUCGAAUGGUGCAUAAAGAUGUUGUAACAUGGAAUGCUUUGAUAAAUGGGUAUGCUCAAGUUGGUGAUGCACAUCAUGCGAUGGAGAUGUUCCAUCAGUUGCUCUUGGCAGGGCAUUACCCAGACUCAGGAACCAUUGUAGGAGUUCUUCCAGCUUGCGUCCUAUUGGAUGCCCUAGAUCAAGGUGCAUAUGUCCAUUUGAAAAUUAUUAAGAGUGGGUUCGAGUCAGAUAUGCAUGUAAAGAAUGCUCUAAUAGACAUGUAUGCAAAGUGUGGAAACCUUUCCUCUGCUGAAUUCCUGUUCAAAGAAACUGAAUUUAUCAAGGAUGAGAUAUCAUGGAAUACAUUAAUUUCUGGGUACAUGCAGAAUGGGUGUGCCAGGGAAGCAUUAUCUGCUUUCCACCAGAUGAAAUUGGAGAAUCUUCAGCCUAAUUUAAUAACUGUUGUGAGUGUCCUUCCAGCAGCUGCAAAUCUAGCAGCCCUGAGGGAAGGUAUGGCUAUCCAUGCCUGUGUAAUCAAAGCAGGUUUUGAGUCUAGUGUACUCGCUGGAAACAGUCUCAUUGAUAUGUAUGCCAAAUGUGGGCGACUUGAUUAUACACAGGAUCUUUUUAAUUGGAUGGGCAAUAAAGACACAGUGUCAUGGAAUGCAAUGCUUGCAGGUUAUGCUAUACAUGGAUAUGGAAAUUAUGCCGUUGAACUUUUCUCUCAAAUGGUCGAGAAUGCUGUUGAUGUUGAUUCAGUGACAUUUCUCAGUGUCUUGUCUGCAUGCAGACAUGGAGGUUUAAUAGAUGAGGGGAGGAAGAUUUUCAACUCUAUGAACUCUGAAUAUCACUAUGAACCAGAACCUGAACACUAUGCUUGCAUGGUGGAUCUGUUAGGCCGUGUAGGACUAUUGGAUGAAGCUUGGGGUUUAAUCCAGAAAAUGCCAAUGGCACCAGAUGCUGGUGUUUGGGGGGCCUUGUUGGGGGCAUGCAGAAUGCAUUCUAAUGUGCCAUUCGGAGAGGUGGCUUUGGAUCACCUUGUUAGACUAGAACCUCAAAACCCUGCUCAUUAUGUUGUCCUCUCAAACAUUUAUGCUCAACGUGGUAGAUGGAGUGAUGUGGGGAAGAUGAGAGAUAAAAUGAGUAACAGAGGGUUGAUGAAAAUUCCUGGAUGCAGUUGGGUUGAGAUCAAGGACAAAGUUCAUGCAUUUAGAACAGGUGACCAGUCCCACCCCCAAUUGGCGAGCAUGAAUAGGAUCUGGGAUGGUUUACUUGAGAAGAUGGAGAAGAUGGGGUAUCUCCCUGACAUGAGUUGUGUGCUUCAUAAUGUGGAGGAAGAGGAGAAACAAUCGUUCCUCCAUAGUCACAGUGAAAGAUUGGCAAUAGCUUUUUCUCUUCUAAAUACACAACCUGGAGUGACCAUCAGGAUAGUUAAGAACCUUCGUGUUUGUGGGGACUGCCACAUUACAACAAAGCUUAUUUCGGAGAUCACAGGCCGCAGGAUAAUUGUCAGGGAUGCCAGUCGUUUCCAUCACUUUGAAAGGGGAACCUGCUCAUGCAAGGAUUACUGGUGACCCUGGUGAGAAUCACAAUCUUAUUAACUACUAAGUGCAGCAACAAUUGUCUCUGUCGUAACUAUGGCCCAUAGUAGUAGAGAGAUCAAUUGAUAUGGGUUGAAGCUUUAUUUGACUGCGAAGAACAUCGCUUGUCUUCUGUUUUUAUUUUUGAAGAAUUUUAAAGUGGUCUCAUACACAGUUAAGUUCACUUUCAAAUUAAGCUUAUCUAUUGUCAGAAAAGGUUGGUACUGUCACUUACUACAUAGUUCUUUAGCCUAGUCAUGAUCCAGAAGGCCUAUAUUGUCUUAUUUCUUGUAUUUAUCAUGGCAAUGGCUGAAGCUUUCUUCUUGAUAGAAGCAUGAGAUUCUUCUUUCUACAUUUUUUUUUUGUUUUAUUUUUUUUUUUUAGUUUUUCUGCAUGAAUCAUUACUAUCUGAUAACUGUUAUUUGUUUGAUAUUUUUUGUCACUGAUUGCAGACCUCUGCUUGAAGUGAUCGAACUCAGUUUAACUCUAUGCAACGAAGCCUUUAUCCAACUACUUGGAUUCACCUGCGCAAAUCCUGUGCUUGAAAGUAAGUAUCUGUGGAAAAUAUUUUUGCAAUUUAUUUUCAUACUGAUGGAAA